AUCUUCUUGAACCAAACGGUCAUUUCUGGUCAUACAAACUAACUUUUUAUGAUUCACACCCAAAUGCAAUACUCUCUCUCUCUCACUGAAUCUCUGUCACUCAGAUUCCAAAUCCAUGGCAUUUGCUUCAGCUACACCACUUUCCUCUUCCAGAUGCUACUCAGCAGUCCUUGAAAAGCCAAGAAUAUCUCUUCUGACCAAAUUUAACCCUAAAAUCAGGUCAGCAUUUGAUUCUGGUGUAGCCCAUUCACGUAAUCAGUCGAAAUGUCAUUCAAUAUCGAAAUCCAUUACCGUUCGAGGACUCGGAUCAUCAUCCAGGUUCUUGAACAUGGACCAUACAGAAGUAUACAGCAACGGACGGCAACAAAACCGAAUUGCAAUCAAAACUAAGGCUACCAAGGGUGGAAUUGCUCUUCCAAGUGCUGUGGAAGUUGUGCAUUUGGCUGUCUCACUUGGUACAAUCCUAGCAGCGGAUAAAUUUCUAAAACAAGCUUUUGUAGAUGCUUCCAUCAAGUUCCCUAGUGCUCUUUUCGGAAUGUUCUGCGUUUUUUCAGUCCUCACAAUUCUCGAUGUUACUGUCCCGUCGGUCGCUUCAAACCUGGUGUCAUUCUUUGCUCCAGCAAAUUUGUUCAUUCAGAGAUGGCUCCCAUUGUUUUAUGUUCCAUCUCUAGUGGUUUUGCCAUUGGCUGUCAAGGAUAUUCCGGCUGCUUCAGGGCUCAAGAUCUGCUUCAUCAUAGUUGUGGGUUGGUUGGCAUCGCUCGCUGUUGCGGGUUAUACUGCGAUUGCUGUCCGGAAUCUUGUGAAGACUGAAAUGGUUGAUGCUGAACCUAUGCAGAAACCUUCUCCAUUCUCAAGCUUUGAAAUAGGGGCUUGGACUGCGAUUUUUGUAGCAUCGUUUGCUGUAGCCUACGUUAACCCAAUUGCACUUGGAACAAGUGCAUUGACAUUCCUUCCCUUCCUACUUGCAGCUACCGUGCUAGGGUACAUGGUCGGUACAGGGUUGCCGUCUGCAGUCAAGAUAGUACUCCAUCCGAUUAUUUCCUGCACAUUAUCUGCACUGGCAGCAGCGUUUUCUUACGGUUAUUUCUCAGGAACUGGAUUGGACGCUGUCCUAGGACUCUAUCUGACAAAGGCAUCGUCUGAUCCUGGAGCUGGUGAUAUACUAAUGGGAUUCUUGGGAUCGGUCAUUAUUUCUUUCGCGUUCUCCAUGUUCAAACAGAGAAAGCUGGUGAAGAGGCAUGCCGCGGAGAUCUUCACGUCUGUGAUCAUUUCAACGAUAUUUUCGUUGUAUUCAACCGCUCUCAUUGGACGCCUCAUAAGCUUAGAACCAACUUUGACGCUAUCGAUUUUACCAAGAUGCAUCACUGUGGCAUUAGCCCUCAGCAUUGUCUCCUUGUUUGAUGGCGCCAAUGCUUCUCUAACAGCUGCAACAGUUGUAGUAACUGGUUUAGUUGGUGCAAAUUUUGUUCAAGUAAUGCUCGAUAACCUGAAGUUGAAGGAUCCUAUUGCCCGAGGGAUAGCCACUGCAUCGAGUGCACAUGGAUUGGGGACAGCGGCAUUAUCUGCAAAAGAACCAGAAGCACUCCCAUUCUGUGCUAUUGCAUAUGCACUGACCGGUAUCUUUGGUUCAUUGAUUUGUUCAGUUCCUUUAGUAAGAAAAAGUUUGCUCCUAAUCGUUGGUGCCUAAUUAGACAUCAAAAUCCAAUGUAAUUCAUUUAGUCUAUAUAUUCUAUUAUCCAUUGUCUGGACAUUUUGUAUACAGAAUCAUUUUAGAGCAUAUAUUUUUAUAAUUACAAUCAACCCAA